AUGGGACAAAACGAGUCACGACCUUUACAGGCUAUGGUUGACAAUAGCAAUUUUACCGAAGAAGAAAUCAAAAGGCUUUAUAAAAGGUUUAUGAAGCUCGAUAAAGAUUGUUCGGGUUCUAUUGACCGAGAAGAAUUUCUUUCAAUUCCACAGAUUGCAAAUAAUCCAUUAGCAUCAAGGAUGAUUGCUAUUUUUGAUGAGGAUGGUGGUGGUGAUGUAGAUUUUGAAGAAUUCAUUUCUGGACUGAGUGCCUUCAGUGCGAAAGGAAAUAAAGAAGAAAAGUUGCAUUUCGCUUUCAAAGUAUACGAUAUGGACAGAGAUGGUUAUAUUUCAAAUGGAGAAUUGUUUCUUGUCCUAAAAAUGAUGGUUGGAAAUAACCUCAAAGACAAUCAGCUUCAACAAAUUGUUGAUAAGACAAUCAUGGAAGCUGAUAAAGAUAUGGACGGAAAAAUUUCUUUCGAAGAAUUUUGUUCAAUAGUGGAAUCUACCGAUAUUUCAAAGAGUUUAACUUU